UGCUCAGAGCCAAAUACAAUUUGAAUAAAUAAAUAGGCGUAGAAGCGGCCAGCGCACCGAUACAGACCGCCAAAAGCUCACAACUAACUGCCAGCAGACGUGACCCAACGCGCGCAAGACAGCACGACGCACACGCAGAGCAAAAUGAAGAACAGCUGCCUAGUCCUCUUGUUCGGCGCAGCGGCCGCGCUGCGCCCGAGCUUAAGAGGCAUCCGCAAGAGCGUCUUCUACGCGACCAGCACGCGCAAGCGCACGCAAAAGCCGAAGGCUCCGCCGCAAGUAAAGGACGAGAUCCCGAUCUACACCGCGUCGCCUACGACAGAACGCGUGCCGCCGCAUCUCGUCAACGCCGCCAUGUACGAAGCGGAGCUAGAAGAAGAGGAGGCCGCGCGGGCGAAAGAUGAUCUUUGUCGCACGAUGUUCGCUCGCUUUGCCCGCGGCCAGGAGCUGCUGCGCCGCAACCACGGCGCGCCGGUGUUACACGGUCCGGACACCCUCGACCUGUUUGUAGGGGACUUGGCCGCUGGUGGCGUCGCGCCGGACGUGAUUGAGCUCCUCCAGCGCAUGCGAGAAGGCGCUAUGCUUAACGGCGCCGGAGGGACCCAGGGCGGCCGCCUCCAGCUGAGCCUGGCGUGCCUCAACAAGGAAGAAGAGUUCCAAGAAUCUGUCAAGGAGGCGUUCUUCCGCGAGGGCGACGUGCACUUCGAGCUCUUCCCGUCCACCACCAAAUCGAUCGAGAGCUUCUGCUCUUUACUAGCGGCGGAAGCGUCGCUCCGAGAACGCCCGAUCAAGAUUCUCCUGCCCGCCGACGCGCACUACGCCUGGACGAACGUGCUGGCCCAGUACGAGGCGCACCCGUACUUUAAGUCCAUUGACCUCGCGCCGGGCGACGACUUGCAAGUCCUGAGAGAGACGCGCUUCCGCCCUGGAGAUCUGGUCGUCGGCGUCUACACGCUUGCCAACACCGUGUCUGGUAGGGCGACGCCGGUCGAGUGGUUCCAGGACGUGCUCGCGUACUGCGAGGGCGAGGGCGCGUCGACGGCGCAUUUUGUGGACGCGGCGCUGGCGGGGCUAUGCGUCGCCAAGGACACGUUGGACAUGCGCGCGGACGAGGACGUGGCCGAGAUCCUCGACGGCGCGAUUGGGCUGGUGCAGAGCGGGUUCAAGGACUUCGGUCCACGCCUGUGUGGAAAUCAAGCUCAGCUCGGCGACGACUGCUCGAUGGCGUGGAGGACGACGUUUGAUUUCCGCACAGGUUUGAGCAGCAUGCUCUUCCUCGACGACGCGGAGUUCGAGUGCUGCUCUCAUCGAAACGAGCGGGGGCUCCAGAACGCCGUGGCCGGAGGCGCGCACGCUCUCAUCAAGCACGCGCCCGUGACGUCCAUCCCGGAGAGCCCGACGCUGGCGUUCCUGCUCUACGCGAGGGAAUACACGGCCUUCCGGAAGGAAUCCUUCGAGGCGUUGUGCACGAAGCUCCGGGCUGCGAUUCCCGACGAAGUAGACUACGAGCUCCGGCCGCUCUUCCCGCUGCUCCAUCUCGAGUUCGCCGAUGCAGACAUCACGGCCGCACUCACCGACGCGCUGAUGGCGACUUAUAGUCUCAUCACGAUCGAUGCCGAGCCGAACGUGGUCCGGCUCUGGCCGACACCCACCAAUCACGACGUGGCCGACGCGAUCGCCGCGUUCUUCGAAUGAAUGCUGUUUGUACCCAUCACCGACCACCCCCUGUGUAAUUUCGACA